AUGGAUCCAUAUCGGUACCAACCGAUCAAUCUUGGUCGACCUUCUAUUCGACUUCUCCGACUUCACAAAGGGGACUGGGCGGAUAAAAUUCAAGGCCAUUUUAUCAGUGCUUGGUUUGACGAUCCCGAUAUUAUCAUCCCAUAUUUCGCAUUGUCUUAUACCUGGGGUAACAUUGACAAAGUGGAAGAGGUUAUAAUUGACCGCGCCAGAAUCAAAGUGACUAUCAACUUACACAUGGCACUUCAGCAUUUAAGAUCUGACGAAGGAGAUCAAGUAUUUUGGAUUGAUGCUUUGUGUAUCAAUCAAGAAAAUGUCCACGAGAAAAUCCAUCAAAUCAGACAGAUGGGCGAUAUAUACAAGAAGGCUGAAAAGGUCGUGGUUUGGUUAGGUCAAGGGACUGAAGAAACUAACCUGGUGAUGGAUGCCAUGACCAGGCUGCGAAAGGCAAGUUUAAGUUGGCAUUCAACAGAGUGGAAAUAUAAGGCCAAUGGCUGGGUCGAUGAAAACAAUGAACACUUGACGAAUUCGCGCGAGCAAAUGAGGUUGAUAUUGGACCGACCAUGGUUUCGAAGAAUCUGGAUCUUGCAAGAAGUUGCCAAUGCUCGGCAAUCAACAACAGUACAUUGUGGUAACAGAUCUAUCACCGCUACGAUCUUCUCCCAGUUUCCGGCUCUGAUUGCUUUAAAACCUGCCGUACAUUGUCAAUCAGUUCUGGAUAUAAUGUCUGAAAUCUCGCGGAAAGAGUCUUGGUGGGCGCAAGGUCAGAAGCUUCACACGUUACUAGUAAAGUUUCGCGAAAGCGAGGCGACUGAUGAUCGAGAUAAGAUAUAUGCAUUACUGGGUAUGUCUUCAGACGCACAUAGGAGUAACAUCUUAGACCCAAAGUGCGACAAGUCAUCCCAACAGGUCAUUCGAGAAGCCGUCUCAUUCAUGUUAUCUGAAAGGUAUCCUCAACUGGUAGAUGAUGCGACACUCUAUCAAUUUCUUAACUGGAAUUUGACGAAAUUUUUAGAUAAUUUGGAAGGUUUAGAAGGUGCUAUUUUAAUGGAUGCGUUUGCGGGAGCAGAAAAAGGAUUCCUCAAGCUCUUUAUUGAAACAGAUGUGUGUCAAAUCAGCUCGAGAGGCUUUCAUGAUCGAAUUCCGGUGCAUUGGGCCAUUCAAAGAGACCGGCUCACCAUUUUAAAGAUACUACUUGACGCAUAUCUGUGUAGUUUCGAGAAGAAAGAUUCAGAUAAGCAAACACCAUUGUCGUUAGCUAUUCAAACAGGAGACGCUAAAAUUGUCGCGUUAGUUCUUAAUGCAGGCGCAGACAUUGAGGCAAUAUGCUCGAACGGCUUAACACCAUUGUUACUAGCUAUUGAAAAUGACAAAAUCAAUAUUGUUGACUUGCUUCUUCAGAGAGGUGCUAAAUAUAAAGCACAAAGCGUGAGUAGCUCCGGUAUGUUAUCACAAGAAAGCGAUAGAUCUGGCCAGUCCAUAUCCUCACUUUCAAUCCAAAAAAGUCAACUUCCAUUAUCAUUUGCAAUUGAAAUCGGAAAUUUCGAUAUCGCUAAAUUAUUACUCAACUAUGGAAACGAUAGUAUGGUUGAGUCCUUGGAUGAUUACAAUAGAGCCACACACGCUACAAAUCGCGGAACAAGUCUACGGUCGGGGGCUGAGCUCAGGGACGUCCAAUUAAUCCCAUUAAUCAAGGCAUUUAUCAAGAAGAGGUUUGGGCUUGAAAGCAAAGAUGAAAAAGGUCAGACACCACAUAUUGUCCAGCUUUUGCUUGAAACAAAAGAUCAUACAGGAAGAACACUAUGGCAGAAAAUGAAGGCUUCGCAUCGGGAAAGGUAG